AUGUCUUUGCAAACGCCGCCGUACACGCUCAAUCAGGAUGCGGGGCACGUAUAUGUACACAUUGACUGCAAUGCAGACGCAACGACGUUUGGGUGCUUUGUCGAGCCGUUCUAUCUUCCGCUUGCAUUUCCCCUUGGAGUUGAGCGUAUGGAAUGCACUAUUGCAUUGGAUGUCUCUGGAAAGGAGCAGACUGUUCAUUACGAUGCACAAAGCCGCAUGCUGCACGUCACGCUGAACAAGACCGAGCAUGUCGAGUUUGCCAACUUGGCUGCACUGCAGCCGCAGCUCUUGUCCGAGCAGGAGAUGGAGCAUAUGGAAAAGGAGUCCAUUGAAAAAGAUCAAGCAAUGCAGCUCACCUACUCCGUCGGCCUUUUGCAAACGCACUCAAUCCCAGCGGCACAAGCGUACGAAGCGGCGGUAGCAUCAGGGCGUGUGCCAUACAUCGAGGUUCUGCGUCCUGGAGACAUACCCUCCUGCAAACGUACACAUAUCGCCGAGCAGCACGAAUGCGAAAAGUGGGAUGAAGGCAUGUAUUUGGACGCGACGGUCGACCCUGACGGACUUGUCGCCGAGCUGAUCGCACUCCCGAUGCAUAUCCCGACGCUUGGGACAGCGCCGAAGCGUAACAGCGUGCCCCUAUGCGCGUCCAGGCUUGCUUUGCCGAUGCUGCUGCAAGUCGUGUUUGCAUACCUAUAUGAGAUGCGCAUCGCCGCAGGCGACCCAUCCACCGAAUCAGCAUGGACGAUCUGCAAACUAUCGCGGUCUUUAGCUGCAUGGACUGAUCCGGAUCCAUCUAUGGAGCAAACCUUCCGCGCAAUUUUCCGCCGUGCGCUCACAUUUCCAUUGUACCGCACAAAAGCGCUGGCUACCAAAGUAUGCGAGGAUGCCGUACAGCUUUUGUCUGCAUCGCCUCGCGAACGCCUGCUUGGGAUGCUCACAGAGAUAAAUGCCAUUUUUGCGCUUGCGUUGGACGGCGCAGGGAGCGCUGAGGUAAUGCAGACGGUGCUCUACGUAGUAUGGGAGACUUGGCUAGCGCCGCUACAGCAGUACAUUGCAUUCAAGGCGGAUACGCCAGCGUUUGCAAUUAUGCGCGAUGCAUUCACAGCCAUGCAAUCGCCCACACCAGCAUUCCUUGUCGCCGUCGGCGAGCCGGGUGGUUGGGAUCUCACCGUGCUCGACGCAGCAGCACAGGAAGCGCAGUCCGAAAUGGAGGGCCAAUUUGUCUAG